UUCUUGACUGCGCGGAUUCGUGAUGAUCGGAACAUUUCGAACACGGCGUGUUUCAACGGGGAAGAAGUAGAUCCGGACACUCGUGGGCUCAUUACAGGCUGAUGCAAGUUGAAUGACGGAUCUGUCACCUUACCGUGUGAAGGAGAUGACAGACUACCAAGGAGACGUGAAAGGAGCCAGCACUCCCAUGGAGCUUUAUGAGAAACUCAGCGAACAAGGGGGAAAAGUGAGGUCCCUGAAGUCAGCCGAAGCUGAUAAAGCUGAGGUUGAUGCUGCUGUCCAGCUGCUACUGCAGCUGAAAAUGGACUACAAACAGAUGACUGGUCAGGACUACAAAGCAGGAUGUCCACCAUCAGCGAACGAUGCUGCGCCGAACAACGGCCCGGCAGCAGAUGGAGCCGGUGAGGACGACACGGUGGAUCCAUGGACCGUUUCAACCACCAACGCCACGGGAGUCGAUUAUGACAAAUUAAUAGUGAGGUUUGGCAGCAGUAAAAUCGACCAGGAGCUGGUGGACAGAAUAGAGAAGGUUUGUGGACAGAAGCCCCAUCACUUCCUACGAAGAGGAAUUUUCUUCUCACACAGAGAUAUGCAUCAGGUACUGGAUGCGUACGAGAAGCACCAGUCGUUCUACCUGUACACUGGCAGAGGGCCGUCCUCAGAGGCCAUGCAUGUUGGUCACCUCAUCCCUUUUAUCUUCACUAAAUGGCUCCAGGACGUGUUCGACAUCCCGCUGGUGAUCCAGCUGACGGAUGAUGAGAAGUACCUGUGGAAGGACCUGACUGUUGAAGAAUGCCACGGCUUUGCCAUAGAAAACACCAAGGACAUAAUCGCCUGUGGCUUUGACAUCAACAAGACCUUUAUCUUCUCUGACCUCGACUACAUGGGUUCCUCCCCGGAGUUCUACCGAAAUGUGGUGAAGAUCCAGAAGCAUGUGACGUUUAACCAGGUUAAAGGCAUCUUUGGCUUUACGGACAGUGACUGCAUCGGAAAGAUCAGCUUCCCAGCCAUCCAGGCCGCGCCAUCCUUCAGUAACUCCUUCCCUCAUGUUUUCGGAAGCAGACAAGACAUACAGUGCCUUAUCCCCUGUGCCAUUGAUCAGGACCCUUACUUCAGGAUGACCCGCGAUGUUGCUCCGAGGAUCGGUUACCCGAAACCAGCCCUGCUGCACUCCACCUUCUUCCCUGCCCUGCAGGGGGCGCAGACGAAGAUGAGCGCCAGCGACGCUAACUCCUCCAUAUUCCUCACUGACACCCCAAAGCAGAUCAAGAACAAGGUUAACAAACACGCGUUUUCUGGAGGGAAGGACACGGUGGAGGAACACAGGAAGUACGGCGGGAACGCAGACGUAGACGUCUGCUUCAUGUAUUUGACUUUCUUCCUUGAGGAUGAUGAGCAGCUGGAGAAAAUCAGACAGGACUACACGAGCGGCGCUCUGCUAACUGGCGAACUGAAGAAGAUAUUGAUUGAGACUCUGCAGCCGAUGAUUGCGCAGCAUCAAGAGAGACGCAAACAAGUCACAGAUGAACUAGUGAAGCAGUUCAUGACACCAAGGCCUUUAAAUUUUAACUUGUAGCUCACAGAUCCGUGUUUGUUGUGCUCGGCGUUUUUUUUUCCCAUUUGAAGUCGUCUGUAAUGGGAGGAAACAAAAAAACUGCUCAUGCUGCUGCAAAUGCAUAUAUUGUUGUUCGGGAGUAAAAAUAAAAGGCAUGUUUUCUGAAUCCUGCUUAUAGACAAACAAAAAUCAUCCGCUUCGGAAGUCCUCUGUGGAAAUUUAACUUCUCACAUCAGUGAAUGCAACCCUGUAAACGGGACGACUUUAUCACACUAAUACUUUCACAGUUUGAGCCACUAUUAUUGGUUGCUAUGUUCCAAAAACAAAACGUUAUUGUGAUUAUGUUUGGGCUUUUAAUGAUGCAUUUUUUUAUUUUUUUUUCAGAGUUGAACAUCAUGCAGCACAUAACUGAAAUUAAUUUUUAGGAAAACAGAAUUGGGUGUACUGAUAGAGCCAACGUUAUACUCUUGGAAAAAAUGGUUGCAUUAAUAUAAAUAAGAUGGUUAAGCACAAAAAAAAAAGAAAAAUCAAAUGGAUUGAGGCUUUGUUUCCAAAAGCUUCAUGUUAUUCAUUCCAUGCAUUUAAAACACAAUUAUGAUGUUUCUUUAAAUUUUGUUCCUAUUGAAGGAAUAUGAAUCCUGGGUGUCCAAAGAGCAAACUGACUCUGACCCUGAAUUAAAAAUGAAUCAAAAAGUGAUAUUUUUUUCUGUGCAGCAGCACAAAAGAAAACUAUAUGCUUUUAUUUUAAUACGGCAAACAUUUUGGAUCAAUGGUGAAUAACAUCUGUGUCCUAUAAAAAAACAAAAAGAAAAUCUGAUUACUAUAUUUGCUUGAUUUUGACUCAAUAUUUUUGACCCAUGUGACAAAAAGUUUGGACACAAGAUAUUCCAGCUACUCUGUGCAUUUCUCCACCACAGGCAAGAACCUAUGAUGGUGUACUUGGACUAUUGUAGAUAGUUUUUAAAAAAUGCUAGGAAAAAGAUGGACAUUUCUGAGUGUGCAGCUAAUUCUUGUUUUUAAAAAUAAUUUCAGUUUUUUUGUUGCAUGGUCAUCCAGUCCAGUCAGUUAUUCUGUAUCUGUUCUUGAUUUUCUGUAGAUUGGGACAUGAUAAGUUAAUCUUUUAGAUCUUUUAGCCUACUUUCUGUUGGGAGACCAGUUUAGAUAAAGUAAACUAGUCGAUCCUACAGGCAGUGACUAAGCCAAGUGGAGUUUUACUUAUAUUUAAAAAAAAAAGGUUAAUCACAGUUAAUUCUUAAUCAAAUAAAAUGGGGUGUACUUUUUCAUAAAGGUCCAGGUUGUUUUGGAUAAUAUUUUACUUCAUACAUAAUAUUAUUGUUAGAAACCUGUGUGUUUUCAUUUAUUUGGGUUAUUUUUGUGUGACAAAACAAUAAAAACAGAAGAAAUCUGAAUGGGAUGGUUUUUUUUCACAACACUGUAUGAAGACAUGUUGGACAAGUUUCAUUCAACAAGUAGAAACGUUGGAUUCAAAAAAUAGUAAACCUUAAAAAUUAUGAGCACAGAAGAAAAAUGUAACUAUUAUAUGCUUUUUAUUUUAUAGGAAGCAACAAAGUUUGGUGUUGUGCCAGAAUGCAAGGUGUUAAUGUACAACAGUUGCUGUGUUUCCACUGACCAUGUAAUUAUGCAAAUUGAAAUUACAAAAAUAAAUUAGCUUAAUGGAAAAACGUU